UUGCAAUAGACUUUUACAUUGUUGGGGUUUAGGUUGGACCGUUGGAGGGGCCGCCGAUUCGUCCUAGGCACUUAGGAAGGUUUGGCUCCAAAAUUUGGAGGCCGUACGCCUUACAGCUUCUGCUUGCGGAACUCGAUAUACCUUGAGCGCGUUAACAGAGUUCGAGUGAGGAUGAGUGGUCCAAGCAACCACGAAGAGGAUCAUGGGGAGAUUUAUCUGGAAGACGAAGACAUCAUUCAAGAAAUCACUGUUGACGAUGAAGAUCUUCCGGACGCGGACGAUGAAGAGGGAGCUGAUGAUGCUGAAGAUUUUGGAGAAGCUGACGAUUCCAUGCACAUAUUCACCGGUCAUACUGGUGAGCUCUACACAAUUGCAUGCAGCCCAACAGAUGCAACUUUAGUAGCAACAGGUGGUGGGGAUGACAAAGGAUUUCUUUGGAAGAUUGGUGUCGGAGAUUUUGCUUCUGAGCUUCAUGGACAUAAGGAUUCUGUGUCUAGUGUCGCUUUUAGUAGUGAUGGACAGUUGCUUGCAUCUGGAAGCUUUGAUGGACUAAUUAAAAUAUGGGAUGUAACUUCUGGAAAUCUCAAGUGCAUGCUUGAAGGUCCUGGAGGGGGUAUUGAGUGGAUCAGGUGGCAUCCUAGGGGGCAUGUGGUCUUGGCUGGUUCAGAGGAUUCCACUGUGUGGAUGUGGAAUGCUGACACAAGUGGUUAUCUCAAUAUGUUUUCCGGUCAUGGUAGUACUGUGACCUGUGGUGAUUUUACCCCUGAUGGUAAAACAAUCUGUACUGGUUCUGAUGAUGCAACCUUAAGAGUAUGGAGUCCCAAAAGUGGCACAAGCGUUCAUGUUGUCAGAGGUCAUCCUUAUCACACUGAAGGACUGACAUGCCUGGCAAUAAAUUCUGAGUCAACUCUUGCUCUCACUGGUUCAAAGGACAGUUCUGUCCACAUUGUGAACAUAACAACUGGACAGGUUGUUAAUUCUUUUCGUGACCACUCAGAUUCAGUUGAAUGUGUCGCUCUUUCACCAAGCUCUCCUUGGGCUGCAACAGGGGCCCUGGAUAAGAAGCUUAUUGUCUGGGAUCUUCAGCAUUCGUUGCCUCGCUGCACAUGUGACAAUGAGAGUGGGGUGACAUGCUCGUCUUGGGUAGGUGCAUCACGGUACAUAGCUACAGGUUGUGUUGGAGGAAAGGUGCAAUUAUGGGAUAGCCUCUCUGGAGAAUGUGUAAGAACCUUCAGAGGGCACUCUGAUGCUAUCCAAUCUCUUGCCGUAUCUGCAAAUGGGGAUUUCCUUGUUUCGGCCUCUCUUGACAGAACUGCCCGAGUUUUUGAGAUCGGAAACUUUAAAUGACAUAAGCCAGCCAUUGUGUUCAUUGCAGGCUCUUACAGAUUUUCAGUGAAAAAAAAAAAAAUUGCUGCACUUUGCUGAAUGAAUCGAAGGACUGCCAACGUGUACAUCAUGGUAGUUGUAUAUGGGCUGCGCCUCUGCUCAGUUGUUUUAUAGAAUAUAAUGGUGUUUUGCUAUGUAAGAUAUAUAUAUUUUAAUUUUUAGCCCUGCCUGCAUUGCGGUGCAAGGAAAUUUUAUUUGAAAUGGCAUCCUUUGUAAACACUUUCUUGUAUGCUAAGUUUUACAAGUGGAGAUUGUAGAACAGAGGAUCAAAUGGGUACAUAGUGCUCAGCAUUUUGUUU